CCUGGCGCGAGCGAAGCGCAUAAUGCACGAGCCGCUGCUCUGAGCGCUCUGAGAGCGUGUGACGUCAUAAAUUUUAAGCAGCUUGCAUUGCGAACUCUUGCGCAACCUUGCAGCCUUGCAGCAGCAUUGACACAGCGUUUUAUUUUGCCGGCAAAAUGGACGCAACGGAGGUAGCAGCAAAUAAAGAAGCCGAGGCAAGUGUUGAUCUGUUGGCUAUUGUGCUGGACACGAAUCCCUCACAGCAGAUUGUGCGCCAAAAUCCACAAAAUCUGACACAAAUUCUAGAGGCCGUCAUCGCCUUUGGCAAUGCGCAUCUCAUGCAAAAGGCCCAAAACAAAUUGGCUGUAAUAUCCUGUUCGCAUCAUGCCACCGACUUUCUGUACCCGCUGCCUGGGCGGCAAGUGGAGCUCCGGCAGAUUGAUGGCCAAUAUGAGGCAUUCAGCUUGGUGGAGAAGACAGUGAAGCAACAAUUGGGCAGCAUACUAAUGAAUGCGCCACGCCUGAGCGCAUCCUGCGAGAGUCUACUGGCUGGCAGCAUGUCCAUGGCGCUGUGCUACAUAUCCCGCCUGCAACGCAAUGUCGCCGCUGGCGUCAAGAUGCACUCACGCAUUUUGGUGCUCACGGGCAGCAAUGAGUGCGCCUCACAGUAUAUGACCUAUAUGAACGUGUUCUUUACGGCCCAAAAGCUGGGCAUUGUCAUCGACACCUGCGCCCUGGACAAGACACUCAGUCUGCUGCAGCAGGGCUGUGACAUAACCAAUGGCCAGUUCCUCAAGGUAACCCAGCUGGAUGGCCUGCUACAGUAUUUGCUAUGGGUAUUCUUGCCAUCGCCCCAAAUGCGUCACAAAUUGGUGCUACCACCGACCCCAAAGGUUGACUAUCGCGCCUCGUGCUUCUGCCAUCGCGAGCUCAUCGACAUCGGCUACGUUUGCUCCGUCUGCCUGUCCGUAUUCUGUAAAUACAGUCCCAUCUGCACCACAUGCCACACCAUCUUCAAGAUGCCUGGACCACUGCCCGUUAAGCCCAAGAAGAAAAAGAAGACUGAGAAACAAAUGUGAGCGAACAUUUUAGCUCUUUUAUUAUUUCACGCUACUCGGGUUCAAAACGUUUUAUAUAAAUGUCAAAUUAAUACAGAUACCUGCAUAUGAUUAUAAGCUUCUGUUACCCGGCAUUGGGCUGUUGUCUGUAUCUGAGGGGCAUCCCCGAUACCUCAAAGGGAUCUAGUCAUGUCCGUCUGUGUGAGCGCGUCUCUCUUGGAAAACUCAUGAGCUAGAGCCUUGAGCUUUGAAAGAUAUUUUCCUAUUUAAAUGCAUUAAUCACUUUCUCUCUCGACAAAUGUCUGUUUUGAG